GCCCUGCCGCUGCUUCCUAUUCCUCGGCACCAGGGGACACCUAUCCCUCCUCCGAGCGUUCUUCCUCGCCGACGGCCGCAGGCUCCCUCUCCCACCCGACAUGCCGUUUGUUGAUCUGGAGACGAACUUGCCCGCCAGCCGCUUGCAGGCGGGGCUGGAGAAGCGGCUGUGCGGGGCCGCGGCUGCCAUCCUGGGCAAACCCGAGGACCGUGUGAACGCCACGGUGCGGCCAGGCUUGAUCAUGUCCGUCAAUGGCUCCUCCGAACCCUGCGCGCAGCUGCUUGUGUCCUCUAUAGGUGUGGUGGGCACCGCAGAGGAGAACCGCAGCCACAGCGCCCGGUUCUUCGAGUUCCUCACCAAGGAGCUGAAUCUGGGCCAGGACAGGAUAAUUGUCCGCUUUUACCCUGUGGAGCCCUGGCAGAUUGGCAAGAAGGGGACAGUCAUGACAUUUUUAUGAUGGGCAAAGAGGCCAUCCAGAGUGUUUGUGAACUGGCCAUCCCUUCCAGAGAGACCUGCUGGCAGAGUAAGGGCCUGGUGAAUACCAGUUUCUGGCACUGCCUCAUGCAGUCAUGCUGUGACCUCACAUUCCUCUCCUUCUCUUCCUUAUAACAAAUAAAUGAAGAGAGCUUUGUCUUUCAAACAUGACUGCUUCACCUCUCUUUAUCCCUCCCUGGUUUAUGAGGUAGGGAUUUAGAGGAGUGGAUGGUGUCCAGCUGCUGUUUCAUGCACUUAGUCUGCUUAAAUCUGAAUUGGAAGUUUUAGCUUGGAGGCCUUGCUCUCUAUACCUUUGUAGGAUUCUUGGACCCAAUUUCCGAAAUGUGAGUGUGUAGAGAUUUGCCCACACCAACUGACAAUUUUCAGAACCAGCUCAGAUGAGAAUCCAAAAAAUAUUUGAUUCAAUUUUGACACUAACAGAUAGCAUCAGAUUCCACAAGUUAAGGGCUUAGUCUCCCAAGACUACUCGUGGCUACUGGUUUCCAUGAUCCACUGUUCAGGUUUGAUUAUGGAUCAUUUGUUUGACUGUCAUAUAACACAGAAAACCCAUUUCUUACUAGGUCAUCGGUUACAAAAGGCUCUGCCUCAGAGAAAUCAGUUGGAAGAGACAUGUGUGGGGUAAGGGAAGGGGAAAGGUGUGAGCUUCCAUACUCUCCACGUGUGCCACUGUCCCCAGAUCUCCCCAUGUUCACCAAUCCAAAAGCUCUCUGAGUCCCUCCUUUGGGUUUUUAUGAAGGUUUCAUUACAUACGAACGAUAGAUUAAAUUAAUUGCCACUGGCAAUUGAACUCAGCCUUCUGCCCUCCUAGGAAAUCUAUUCAUGCUGGGUUUCCCUGACAACCAGUCCCCACCAGCCUUGUUGGGUGGGUAGUUGGGGGGGGGGGUGUUCCAAGUUACCUCAUUAACAUAACAAGAGACGCUUUCCUCUUUUGAUACUUAAAAAUUUUUUAAAGAUUUUUAUUGGGAGCCUGAAACUGGGGGUGAAGACAAAAUAUGUAUGAGAAAUAUGUUCUGGUUUUUUGAGUGACAAAUAUAUAUUUCUUAUAAAUUACAAUAUCAAAAUGUGCAUGUUCAGGAGCUGGCAUCUUACAAUGUGAGACCUUCCUGCAGAUUUUAACUUAGGGUGGCCAGAGUAGUUAGGGAUCCCAAAGACUGCUGUGGCUGUCCGGGAAGCUGGGCUGACUAUGCUCCUCUCUACAGUAUUGCAUUCCCAAAUUUUGUCUUCUCCUCAGUCUUGCUGAGAAUUCUCUGUAGCUGUGCACUUUGUAACACCCAUUCCCAGAAUGGCAAACCUGGAAUUGCAGUGUCUGCUACCAGAAACUGGAUCCCCCACCCCCAUCUAAAUACAAUAUCAUGCAUUCAGAGGAUAAAUGGACAGGCUGGGAGUGGGGUGUAUGUGGGGAGAAAGCCUAAAAAGGUAGUUUCCUUGUCCAGUUAUCUUCCAGAUAUAUCUUCCAGUUUAUAUCUUGUGACCUUUACACACUAUAGUGGGCAAUGUGUUUCCCUGCAUAGUUGAGUGAUUGGCUAUUGUUGUCUUCAGUGUGCCUGUGAAAUGCCAAAUUGAAAUUUUCAAUGUGUGUGAUCCACAUAGUUAAUAAAAUCAA